AGUGACGUCUCCCCCGCACCCCCCUCCUGUGUUUUCUAUCUUCCGCUGGUCCGCGGCUCCGCGCGCUACGUUAGCCGAGCAGUAUCGCUUCUGUCCCGGGAUUCUCCACAGCUCACAGCCGGCGGCGCUCCGGGAGCUCCCGCGGUUAUUUUUCUGUCGUCAGUUCAUCCCUCUCUCGGUUCCUCCAUGAGUGACGGGGAGUGUGACUUCUUCUGUUUCUUCCGGUGCUGCUGAGCGCGGUCGGGCCCCUGGGAGCCGCAGUGCAGUCUGGGGCGGGUGGCGGCGGCGUGUCGGCGGGCGGAGGUCAGUGCGAGAGUCGGUAGGCCCUGAGGGCUAUGUCUGUGGACAUGAGCAGCCAAGCGUCCGACAGUAACGAGGAAGACUUCGAGGAAGAGGAGGACGAGGGGGCGGAGGAGGAGGACCCGGGAGAUAUCGCUGAUUAUUACGUGGGGGUGGAGAGCGACGUGGAGCAGCAGGAGGCCGACGCCUUCGACCCGGAGGAGUACCAGUUCACAUGCCUGACCUACAGAGAGAGCCAGAGAGUGCUGACGGAGGAGGUCAACCAUGUAGCCAGCUCCCUGAAGGUGUUGCCAGCUGUAGCCAAACUGGUCCUUGUACAUUUUCACUGGCGAGUGUCACAAAUACUGGACAGGUAUAAGUCCAACUCCUCUCAGUUGCUUUGUGAGGCCCAGGUUCAGCCCAUAAGCACCUCCCGAUCUCUCACUGCCGGGACGUCGUUGCAGUGUGGGGUGUGUCUGCAGUUUGUUCGGAGAGAUGCGUUACUGUCUCUACCCUGUCAGCACUCCUUCUGUAAAUCCUGCUGGGAGCAGCACUGCACCGUGCUGGUUAAAGAUGGAGUCGGAGUGGGGAUCUCGUGCAUGGCGCAGGACUGUUCUCUGAGGAUGCCGGAGGAUUUCGUGCUGCCGCUGCUGCCCAGCGAGGAACUGAAGGAAAAAUACAGACGCUACCUCUUCAGGGACUACGUAGAGAGUCAUUUCCAGCUGCAGUUGUGUCCUGGUGCAGACUGUCCCAUAGUCAUAAAGGUGCAGGAGCCCCGAGCUCGCAGAGUUCAGUGCAGCCGCUGCGCAGAAGUCUUCUGUUUUAAGUGCAGACAGAUGUACCACGCCCCCACAGACUGCGCCACCAUCCGUAAAUGGCUCACUAAAUGUGCAGAUGACUCUGAGACGGCUAACUACAUCAGCGCGCACACUAAAGAUUGUCCUAAGUGCAAUAUCUGCAUUGAGAAAAAUGGAGGCUGCAACCACAUGCAAUGCUCCAAGUGUAAACACGAUUUCUGCUGGAUGUGUUUGGGAGAUUGGAAGACUCAUGGCAGUGAGUAUUAUGAGUGCAGCCGUUACAAAGAGAAUCCGGACAUCGUGAACCAGAGCCAGCAGGCGCAGGCCAGAGAGGCCCUGAAAAAAUACCUCUUCUACUUCGAGAGGUGGGAGAACCACAAUAAGAGUUUGCAGCUGGAGGCUCAGACGUAUCAGCGUAUCCAGGAGAAGAUCCAGGAAAGGGUGAUGAAUAAUCUGGGCACCUGGAUCGACUGGCAGUACAUGCAGAACGCCGCCAAGCUACUGGCCAAGUGUCGCUACACACUGCAGUAUACUUACCCCUACGCCUACUACAUGGAGUCUGGUCCUCGCAAAAAACUGUUCGAGUACCAGCAGGCUCAGCUGGAGGCAGAAAUCGAGAAUCUGUCGUGGAAGGUGGAGAGAGCCGACAGUUACGAGAGAGGAGAGGGGGAGCUCAAUGCCACAGACAGAGGGGAUCUGGAGAAUCAGAUGCACAUCGCCGAGCAGAGGAGGCGCACACUGUUGAAGGACUUCCACGACACCUGAGCAACCACCUGACCCACCACCAGCAGCAGCAGAUUCACCUGACUCCUCCCAUCCCUUCAUCCUCUCAUCCUUUCUUCCUUUCCUCCAUCCCUCUCUCCAAAGAUCUUCUCUUUUCCUCUUCUGGUUCUGUUUCCUCUCAGUGCUGAUUCUCUCUGUUACCUGCUGCCACCUGCUGUUAUGUGUUAUCUCUGCAGUCUCAUCUUCUUUCUCCUCCUCCUUCUGCCCAUCCCUCGUUCUCACACCCUGCUUUCUAUCUCUCUCACACUCUUCCUCAUCCCUCUCUCCUCUGCAGGAGUUCAGAAUAGCACGAUUGUAUUCCUGGUGAACGACCCGUUUUUACGCCCUUUGUAUCAGCUGACACACACACACACACACACACACACACACAGAGUGCGCACAGUUAAAACACACACAGUUAAAAAAAACACUCCUCUAAAAUAAUCUAACUGCCUCUCUCUUCCUCCUGCUCCUCCCCCUCUUUUCCCUGAUUAUCACUCUCCUUCUUUUUCUUUAAUUCUGUCGUUCUUUCUUUCUCUUCACGUUGAGUUGAUUAUUUUUUCUGGAAAAUGGCUGUUGAUAGUUAGAUCAUUUAAAAAAAAAAAAAAAAAAAAACCUGAAAAAAAAGUUGAAAAACAAAAUGCUGUAAUUUUCAACGGUUGUACAUUAAUACAGAAAUAGAAUUACUGAGAGAAGGUUUUUAAACCAGA